AUGGGAGGACUUAUUUCUUGUCAGUGUCUGGAUGCCUCAAAGGAAGACGGCACGCUUGAGCUCAUCCCGAACGACCCCAGAGAGCGUGCAGAAGACGACCUUGCUGGGUGGGCAGCCUGUUCAGCGAUGCCUCUUCCUCUGCUGCAGGAUGAGCAUAUCUCCAUUUAUAUGGGUGCUUUUGCAGUUUGCGCGCCGUUUGGGGGAAUCCAAUACACUGGGGAGCUGAAGGAUGGUCUCAAACACGGAUACGGCAUUUUGGUGAGGCCUUGUGGAUCCAAAUUUGAAGGGAACUUUAAGAAUGGCGUGGCAGACGGAGAUGGGAAAUUCUUUCAUCCCUCAGGAGACAAAUAUGAGGGUCAAUGGAAGCAGAAUAAGGCCCAUGGAAAAGGGCGAUUCACGCAUGCAGACGGAUCGUACUAUGAAGGUGACUGGAUAUGCGACGUCCAGGAGGGCUGGGGGUUAGAGCGGUGGGCAGAUGGCAGCGGGUAUGAAGGCGAAUACAAGGGCGGCAUGAAGCAUGGGAAGGGCACAUUUAGGUGGCCUGAUGGAAGCGUUUACGAAGGACAAUUCUCUGAAAACGAUAUCCACGGAGAAGGCACAUACAUUUGGAGUGACAACAAAAAAUAUACUGGGCAGUGGAUCCACAACCGCAUGGACGGCCAGGGCCGCAUGCACCUUGCAGAUGGGAGAGUGUAUGAGGGUGGUUAUCGGUGCGACAAGAAGCAUGGGAAAGGGAAAGUGACUUGGCCAGAUGGCCGAUGGUUCGAUGGAGAGUGGUGCGACGGCCGGCAACAUGGAAUCGGCUGUUACUUCUCUGCCGAUGGGCGUCCUGUCUCCGAAGUGGAAUGGAGUUAUGGAAGGAAAAUUUCCGUCAUCGAAGGUAACAAAUUGCACGUUAUGAGCUCUUCUGUAAUGAAUUUGCCGUACACUCGAGCGCCUAGUGACCCUAGACUGUCAGAGGUCUCAUAA